AUGGUAAAAAUUGGAAAUUUGGUGCAUCGAAACGUAUUUUGCAAAAUCAAAUCGGAUUCAUCAGCAUUUUGCGAAGUGCAGCGAAAUAAAAAACUAUCACAAAGCAAAAACUUUUUGGAUUAUGCAGUAAGCAAGGAACUCACAAAAAUUGAUUUAAGCACCGCACAGAUCAUAUUUACUUGUCAAGUAUGCAGUGAAAUUGCUCGAGGCUAUCACUUUGGAGCGUUCACUUGUGAGGGGUGCAAGUCAUUUUUUGGACGUACUUGUAAAAUUCCUAAAGAAAUGGCUUCAUCACUGCAAGAAAUCGGUCUUAAUCCAUUUUCGCAAAUAAAACUUAAAUGUAAAAGUGGAGGAAAUUGCGAUAUUCAGGGUCGAAAUCGAACUUCCUGCAAAUUUUGUCGAUUCAAUAAAUGUAUCAAAGCUGGAAUGGCUCCUCAAAAUUCACGUUAUGGUCGGCGAUCAAAAUAUUUCAAAGUUUCAUCGAUACUUGAGGCCAAAGGAAAAACAAAGAUGUCAGUUCUACCAGUUCUACCUGCAACGAUUUCUAUGGCGUUGUUAGAGACAUCAUUCUGGUUAUUACCUAUUUCUGGCAUUUUGGAAUCAACUCCGAUUCUAACUCCAUCUGCAGAUGGGCAGUGCAUUCACCCAGGAGAAGUUUCUUCAAGUCUCACUGAUUCACCGAAUGAACCACUCGAUUUAUGCGUGCGGAAAUGA